AUGAAGAUCGAGUUAGCAUUGCUUCUUGCCAACAUUGCGGCGUACGCCAUAGCUGCGCCUAACCGGGCCAUAGGAACGACCUCUACAGUCACUAUCAGAUCGGUCCCUACUCUGCCUGAGCGCCGAGAACGGCAGUGGUGGGAAUAUGAGGGCGAAGACGUAACCACACAGUCCGUCACUAGUUCGUUGUUUCAAGCCAUCGACAAUCUAAACAAAGUUGCGAGGUAUCAGCAAGAGAAAGACUUCGGAGUCGAGUCCACGGAUGAUGAAGGCACGGUAGAAAAUGGGAUUCUGGAACAUGCGCCAUGCCAGCCCUUGACGAUGAUUUUUGCCCGCGGAACCAAUGAGGCAGGAAAUAUGGGUAGAAUCAUUGGCAGACCACUUGCAGCGGCACUUCGGAAACAGACAGGGAAUAAGAUCAUUAUUCAGGGUGUGAACUAUGAUGCCACCCCCGAGGGAAAUUUGCUCCUAGGUCUCAAUGGCGGCCCGAAAAUGGCAGAACUCUUGGAGCAGUCGCUUGCCCAGUGCCCCGACAGCAAAGUCGUUCUCGUUGGGUACUCCCAGGGCGCAAUGGUCACCCAUUCCGGAGCAUUAUUGUCGGAGCACGGUAUUUCAGCCAUUGCAGCUUUCGGUGAUCCAGGUCGAUUCGUCCCAUUCCUUCACGUUUCCGCCGAUAAAGUCAAGAAAUACUGUCUCCCAGGAGACCCAGUUUGCCUAAACGGGUUCGACCUCGAUGCCCACUUCCGUUACGGUGUGUUCGCUGAUGACGCCGCACAAUUCCUUAUUCAAGCUUCCGGCGCCAAAUAA